AUGGCAUUCGAAACUUCAUCAUCAACCACAACCAACAACAGUAUAACACCUAAACUAUUUAAUGAUAUAAACUACUACUACAAUCGUCAUUCUAAUAGUAGCAAUGAAAUACUUUUAAAUAAUAAUAUUAUGAUUAAUAAUAAUAGUAUUGAAUUACUAGAUAAUAAUAAUAAUAACAAUAAUAAUAAUAAUUUUACAAAGAUUUGCUGUAAGGUUUGUCUAAACGAUUGUAAACCAGAUCAAAUAUACUCUAUGAAGUGUAAACAUCAGUAUUGUUUGGAGUGUUGGAAAUACUAUUUGGAAUCAAAGAUCAACAAUGAUGGAAUGCAAUGUAUAUUCUCUAAAUGCAUUGAUCCAGAGUGUAAACUUACAGUCGAUGUUAUUACAUUCAAAACAAUUCUCGAUUAUUCUAAAAGUAGUAACUAUUCAACACCAAGAUCUACCUUGUCAAGCACGACAUCAAUCAACCGUGAUCGUUACUUUCAAAAAUACUGUUGGUAUUUAGCCAAAGAUUUCAUUGAUAAUUGUUCUAAAGCUACAUGGUGUACCAAUCCAAAUAUAAAUUGUGAUAACAUUAUAUAUUAUAACAAUAUGGAUACACCAAAGAAUUUGAAUAUCAAAUGUAAUUGUAAUUGGAACUUUUGUUUCCAUUGUGGUCAAGAGACACACUUUCCUGCUACAUGUAAACAGAUUGAAGAUUGGAAGCUAUUGAAAUCAAAGGAUGAAGGAUUGAACUUUAGUUGGUUGAACCAAAAUACAAAAAAGUGUCCAAAUUGCAAAAUUGAUAUAGAGAAAAAUCAUGGAUGUGUACAUAUGAUAUGCUCACAUUGUAAGUUUGGAUUCUGUUGGCUAUGUAUGGGUUCGUGGAAGGAUCAUGGCGAUAAGACUGGUGGAUUCUUUAGUUGCAACAAGUACUACAAGUCGAUUAGAAAGGCAUCUACAUCGUCGAGCUUAACAGAUCACUCUGACUUUGUUGAUCAACAACAACAACAUCAUCAUCAGACAUCUAAUAGUAAUAAUAGUAAAAUCGAACAACAUUCAUGUAUUAAUAGUUUAGAUGAUCUACCAGGAAGUCAGAACUAUCAGAAUAUAAAGAACUACAUGAAAAUCACCAAUAAGUUUUUAAUGAACCUUUUGGAUAGCACAAGCAACAUGAUUAUCACUUGUGAAGAUACUACAACCAGUACAACUACUACAACAACAACAACAACUACCAACAAUAAUAACUCAUCAACAAAGUUGUCAACACCAACAUCACAGCUAUUAAAAAAGAAACUAUCAUUCUUAAGAACUAAAUCAAGUAAAUCUUCAUUGAAUCUACAAGUAACUCCAAGAUAA